AUGGGCAUGCUGAACGAUCAAAAACAAUCAGGGUAUCUCCUGGUGGCCCUUCAGUUAGCACCGGCAGUCCUGCUGUGCUCCUGGCUCCUCUACCAACGCGUCCUCUCGCCAUUCGCAAAGGUCCCGGGGCCCUACUGGGCCAGCCUUUCGAGAGUAUGGCUCACAUACCACUCGUAUAUCGGCGAUCUUCACAUCGUAAUGAUGCGUCUGCAUGAGGUCCAUGGCAAGGUUGUGCGCAUUGCGCCAAGCGAAGUGAGCAUCUCGGAUCUCACAUCCAUCAAGACAAUCUACGGAGCGGGGUCCAAGUUCCGCAAAUCCGACUGGUAUAGCGUCUGGCAGGGCAGGCGCAAAUUCGACUUAUUUCCCGAACGAGAUGAUCGGAUUCAUUCGGCCCAGCGUCGCCUCGUAAGUAGGCCAUAUGCAAUGACCUCGUUGAAAGAGCUCGAACCAUACGUGGACAGCACCAUCCAUGUCUUUCUGGAGAAACUUGGCGGCAUGCUUGACAGAACCGUGGAUCUGGGCACUUGGGUUCAGCUCUAUGCGUUUGACGUGAUUGGGGAAGUCACCUUCUCAAAGCGAUUCGGCUUCAUGGACGUGGAGUCCGACGACGGCUCCAUCAAACAAAUUGAGAUUGCGCUACGGUCUGCCGCCUGGAUCGGUCAAGUACCAUGGUUGUACUGGCUCCACGAUUAUCUGUCUCCCGUCAUCGGGUCCUGGCUCGGCAUCGCAUCUCGCCACGGAACACUACGCAAAUUUGCGGCGCGCGAGGUAGCCGCAAGACAAGACAGGGGAUCCGACCACCAAGACAUUCUCACAAAGCUGCUUGCCGUUCACAAAGAGAAGCCUGAGCAGUUUGACAGCUCCGACCUGGUCUCCAUGGCCACGUCCAACAUCUUUGCUGGCACCGACACAACGGCAAUUUCGAUUCGGGCAAUCAUUUAUCAUCUGCUAAAGAACCCUGAAGCAAAGCGCCGACUCAUCGGAGAAGUCGACGAGCACUGGAAGCAAGGAAAGCUCAGUGACCCGAUUACCGUGGCAGAAUCUGAGAACAUGCCUUACCUGCAAGCAACCAUGUACGAGGCCUUGCGCGUACACCCUGCUGUUGGCAUGACCCUUCCUCGCGUAGUGCCCCAGGGCGGCUAUGAGAUUGAUGGCUUCCACAUGCCAGCCGGAUCUGUUGUUGGGGUUAACCCUUGGGUUAUUCACCGUAGCAAGGAAGUAUACGGCCAGGAUGUCUACUCAUUCCGCCCGGAGAGAUGGCUCAAAGAGGACAAUGGUGACAUGCACCGUUUCUUCUUUGCCUUUGGCUCAGGAGCUCGUACGUGUAUCGGUCGAAAUAUAAGUUGGAUGGAGAUGUCCAAGCUUAUCCCGACCCUCUUCCUGCACUUUGAACUGGAGCUUACCGACCCAGAGGCAGUUUUAGAGGAGAAAUGCUACUGGUUUGUCUUUCAAAGGGGCUUGAAUGUCAGGCUUCGACGGAGACAGCUUCCGGCGAUGGAGGAGGUCAAAGUCUAG